AUGGACACCAAGAAUGAAAUCGCGAUUCUGGGUGGAGGCCCUGCUGGCAUGGCUGCAGCGUUAUCACUUAUCAAGGCCGGGUUCUCUGUAAAGAUCUUUGAACGCUAUUCUCAUGCCAGGCCUGCCGGAAAUAUCCUGAAUCUUUGGCCACCACCCGUCCAUGCCCUUCGAUGUAUGGGUGUCGAUAUUGAUGAUCUUGGGGCACCAUGUCAUACCACAUUCCGAAGUGUAAAAGGAAACAUACGUGCAGAAGUGCAGUUACCCGAGGAAAUAUUGAAGGAGUACGGUGGUGGCUUUAUUGGGCUGUUGCGACCUGAUCUCUACUCCCGAAUGCUUGAUGCGAUACCCCCAGGCACUAUUCAGCAUGAUCGGCAGGUCACCGACAUCAAAGACCAUGGCGACUUUGUCAAGCUUGUUUUCUCAGAUGGAACCAAUUUCACGACACCACUUCUUAUUGGAGCAGAUGGCAUCGAUUCAAUUGUCCGUUCACAUCUCUGGGGCGCAUCUCCGAAACGAGCCCACAAUCUACAAAUUAUUGGAGGAUUCACUUUUGAUGAAGAAGUCGCCACGGAGCAGAACGAGUGUGUCCUUGUCCAUAGCAGAACAACCCAAGGGACAUAUACCACAAUUCGAAGCAAGGGCAGGCUAGGUCACCAGUGGUGGAUUCUCCAAGCAUGUCCAGACACGCAGCCGCCGCCGGGGGAUUUGAAAACAUUUGCAUUGGAGGCCGCCGGAGAGUUCUCCAAACCUCUUACCGAGCUUGUCGCUGCAACGGACUCUGUCAACUGCCAACGGUGGCUUAUUCGUGAUCGAGUACCACUAAAAGUGUGGUCAAAAGGCAGAAUUACUCUAGCUGGCGAUGCAGCUCAUGCAACAUCCCCAUACGCUGCCUACGGAGCAGGGAUGUCCAUAUGCGAUGGCUAUUUCCUCGCGCAGUGCCUGCACGGGACUUCACUCCAUGAUACUGGAGCAGUGAAGCAAGCGCUGUCGGCUUAUGAGAAGCACAGAGUUGCGCAUACCACUGAACAGGUCAACGCUGCCUUCUUCCUGGGAAAGCUAUUUCACCACAUUCCAUGGCCCCUUACCUGGAUUAGAGACCUAAUCCUGGACAACACCAGCCUUUUGCAACGACAAGUUGGCGAGCGAAAUCCGCAGGAGAUUGUUGCGCAGUUGAAAGAGAUGGGUGAAGGGAUAAUGCUGAGGACCUCAUUGUCUGAUGGGAAGUAG